UGUUAACAAAAGUCAUCUCUUUUUUUGAUUUUUGUUUUUAGUCAUCGUUACCGAGUUCUCGUUUGACACGAACAUUCAUCACACCGUUAAUAAAAAGAGAAACAAAAAAGCCAGUAUUUAGUAUUUACGAAGGAAAAUAAAAACGAAUUAUGAAAGGUGGUGGAGGAAUUGUACUUGUAGGAGUCAAGGGAAACUGUUGUUGGCUUAUCUUUGUUUUUCGAUUUUUGUUAUUAAUAUUAUUAUUGUUUUUCGGUUUGUUCUUUUAUUCUUCAAUCGUUGUUCUUUCUUUUCAAUCCCUCAUUGUACGCUGAUGCUUUUUCUUAUUUAUUAUGUUAUUUCUAAUUAUUUUUCAUCCCAGGAUAAUAAUCUUGUGCCUUUUCAAUCCUUGACUAUUACGGAAUUUUGGUUUAAGAGAGAGGAAGGUAGAGAUGAGACGGUAUAGAUAAGGGAGAAAUAUUGAUUCUUUUCGGUAGCCCUAAUUUUCUGUUUUGGUUCCUUUUUCUUGAGCGUUCUGGAUUUCUUCUGGGGGUUUGAAGAAGGUAACUUCAGGGAACCUUCGAUCUUGAUCGUUCUUCAAUGGAGGCCGAGUCUGUGUCUGACGGGGAGAAUAAUCGGAAAAGGGACGCCGCUGAUGAGUACAAUGACAACAAUAAUGGAAGUAACAAAAAAAUUGUAAAUUCCAAUGAAGGGCAGAGCAAGCCCAAGCGUCAGAUGAAGACUCCUUUCCAGCUUGAGGCUCUGGAGAAAGCUUAUGCUUUGGAGACGUACCCGUCGGAGGCGAUGAGGGCAGAACUGUCGCAGAAGUUGGGGCUGUCGGAUCGGCAAUUGCAGAUGUGGUUCUGCCAUAGGAGGUUGAAAGACAAGAAGGACGUGCCCAAGUCUUCAAGAAAGGCGCCACCGCCGUUGCCCGCUUCACCGACGGACGAGUUGAGGAUGGAGACUGAACUUGCCAAUGAUUAUGGAUCCGGGUCGGGUUCGGGCUCAAGCCCGUUUACUCGUUCAGAGUUGCGGAAUGUAGUACCUAGGGGUGUUCCUGGGUACUAUGAGUCGCAGCAGGCUCUUAUGGAGCUCAGAGCAAUUGCUUGUGUGGAGGCGCAGUUAGGAGAACCCUUAAGGGAGGAUGGACCUAUUUUAGGAAUUGAGUUUGAUCCAUUGCCGCCAGAUGCAUUUGGAGCACCUAUCGCAGUUAAUGAGCAGCAGAAGCGGCCUAGUCUUGGCUUUGAUAGUAAAGUCUAUGAAAGACACGAUGUUAGAACAAACAAGGCUAUGACAAGGGCCUUCCAUGAAUAUCCAUUUCUCCCAAACCACUCCAGUAUUAGAUCUGAUGCUUAUGGACAAUUGACACAAUCUCAUUUACUUGAUCCGAUGGAUGGUCCAGCCAGAACUCCGUCUUUUGUAGUAAAAAAUGAACAGCUUCCCAGGAUUCAUGCUGCCCAAGGCCAUUCGUCACGUGUUCGUGUUUCAUCUCUACAAGAUAAGCAAGGGCUUCCCUUUCCGUCGCCCUCUCGUGAUGAUGAUGGCCCUUCUCAAAGGGAAUCUUACCCAAACCUAAAUAUUGGAAUGAACUCUCACUUUACUGAUCACCCAAUUGUUGGACCAGAAAACCCUUAUGGGGUAGUUGGUGGACAAAUCUUCCCUAGCGAUGCAAUAUUACGGGUUGACAGGAAACGAAAGAGUGAUGAUUCUAGAACUGCAAGAGAAGCUGAAGCCCAUGAGAUGAGGAUCCAGAAGGAGAUAGAGAAACAAGAUAACAUUAGGCGAAAGAAUGAAGAGAGAAUGAGGAAAGAGAUGGAGAGGCAAGAUCGUGAAAGAAGGAAGGAAGAAGAGAGGCUGAUGCGUGAGAGACAGAGAGAAGAAGAAAGAACAAAGCGUGAGCAAAGACGUGAAAUUGAACGAAGGGAAAAGUUUCUGAUGAAGGAAAAUUUAAGAGCUGAGAAAAGGAGGCAAAAAGAAGAGCUUCGAAAAGAGAAAGAAGCAGAGAGAAGAAAAGCUGCUCUUGAGAAGGCAGUUGCCCGCAGAAUAGCUAAAGAAUCUAUGGAGCUUAUUGAGGAUGAACAACUGGAAUUGAUGGAGUUGGCCGUAGCAAGCAAGGGACUUCCCUCAAUUAUAAAUCUUGAUCUUGACACCUUGCAAAACCUUGAUAUGUUUCGGGAUUCAUUGUGCACUUUUCCACCCAAGAGUGUAAAGCUGAAAAAACCAUUUGCCAUCCAACCCUGGAUCAAAUCUGAGGAGCAUGUUGGCAACCUUCUCAUGGUUUGGAGAUUUCUGAUUACAUUUGCGGAUGUCCUUGAGUUGUGGCCUUUUACUCUUGAUGAAUUUUUGCAGGCAUUUCAUGACUAUGAUUCAAGAUUAUUUGGUGAGAUACAUGUUGCUCUUCUCAAGGUGAUAAUAAAGGACAUCGAAGAUGUUGCAAGGACACCUACAGGAUUAGGUACUAACCAGAAUGGGGCUGCUAAUCCUGGUGGUGGCCAUCCAGAGAUUGUGGAAGGGGCGUAUGCCUGGGGCUUUGAUAUAAGAAAUUGGCAGAAGCACUUGAAUCAAUCAACAUGGCCAGAAAUUUUCCGACAGUUAGCAUUGUCUGCAGGGUUUGGACCACGGCUGAAAAAAAGAAAUAUCACAUGGUCAUAUGCAAAUGAUAAAGAUGAGCAGGGUAGAAGUUGUGAAGACAUCAUCUCCACUCUUCGCAAUGGUUCAGCAGCUGAAAAUGCUGUGGCAAAAAUGCAAGAGAAAGGUCUGUUAGCCCCUCGGAGAAAUAGGCACCGGUUGACUCCUGGAACGGUCAAGUUUGCAGCAUUUCAUGUUUUGUCUCUCGAGGGUGGCAAGGGCUUGACUGUACUAGAGCUUGCAGAGAAAAUUCAGAAAUCUGGACUUAGGGACCUGACAACCAGCAAGACACCUGAGGCAUCAAUUUCUGUUGCUUUGACCAGAGAUGCUAAGCUUUUUGAAAGAAUAGCUCCCUCAACAUAUCGAGUUCGAGCUGCAUAUCGAAAAGAUCCUGCUGAUGCAGAGGCCAUUCUUUCAGAUGCUAGAAAGAAAAUUCAGAUAUUUGAAAAUGGGUUUCCUGCUGUUGAAGAUGCUGAUGAUGUUGAAAGAGAAGAAGAGUCAGAAAGUGAUGAAGUUGAUGAGGAUCCUGAAGUAGAUGAUUUAGUAAACCCCCUAAGUGAUAACAAAACAUCUGAACAGUAUGAUGACCUGAACAAUUGCUCUACAAAUGGGGGAGAAAACAUGAGCCAUGACAUGGAACUUGUUCAAAAUGAGUUUGGCAAGGAUCUUCCUUGCGUUCCUGAGAGUUGUUCUAAAGAUGCUGAUUGCCCAGGUGCUGUUACUGGACAGCAGGUUAUUGAAGAUUUGAAUACUGCAAAUCCUGACGAUAACAUGGAAAUUGAUGAAAGCAAGUCUGGAGAGUCAUGGGUUCAAGGCCUUACAGAAGGAGAAUAUUCUGACCUUAGCGUAGAAGAACGUCUUAAUGCACUAGUAGCAUUAGUUGGUGUUGCGAAUGAAGGAAAUUCAAUACGUCUUGUUCUUGAGGACCGUUUGGAGGCAGCAAAUGCUCUGAAGAAGCAAAUGUGGGCAGAAGCACAGAUAGAUAAAGUUCGGCAGAAAGAUGAUAAUUCUAAUAAAUCAGAUUUUCCAUCUCUUGCUGCAAAUAAAGUUGAGACACAAUAUACGGGCCCAUCUGCAGAGGGAAACCAGAGCCCAUUGCUUGACAUCAAUAUUAAUAAUAAUGAGGCAUCACCCAGCACUGCAGAAAAUCAAAAGGAAGUUCUGGGUGCACAGAACAUGCCUAUUGAAAAGCCCUCAGUAGUUCAAGAUCUCUUUUUAGGUCCAGACAACCCGCAGAUUCUAUCUGCACAUGCUUCAAAAAGGUCUCGUUCACAGUUGAAGUCUUAUAUUGCGCAUAUAGCGGAAGAGAUGUAUGUAUAUAGGUCCUUGCCCCUUGGUCAAGAUAGGAGACGUAACCGAUAUUGGCAAUUUGUUGCAUCCGCUUCCAGCAGUGAUCCUGGUGCCGGCAGGGUCUUCAUGGAAUUGCAUGAUGGCAGUUGGCGGCUUAUUGAUUCUGAAGAGGAUUUCGAUGCGCUCUUGACAUCCCUCGAUUCACGUGGAAUUAGGGAAUCUCAUUUACGCUUAAUGUUGCAGAAGAUUGAGAAUUCCUUCAAGGAAAAUGUUCGAAAGAAUGCUCAAUUUAAUAAAAAUGCCACCAGAUCAAUUAAAAAUGAAGCUGAUGAAGUAGAAUUGGUUCCUGAAUGCCGUGCUGGAUCAGACAGUUCUAGCAGUAGUCUCUGUGGUUUGAGUUCUGACUGUACAUUGGAAACAACUUCAUCAUUUAAAAUUGAGCUGGGGAGAAGUGAGAGUGAAAAAAAAGCUGCCUUGACCAAGUAUCAAGAUGUUCAAAAGUGGAUAUGGAAAGAAUGUUAUAAUUCAUCAACAUUAUGUUCAUUGAAAUAUGGGCAAAGGAGAUGCAAAUCACUUCUGGAAAUAUGUGAUAUGUGUUUGAAUCCAUAUUUCUUUGAGGAUUCCCAUUGUAAUUUUUGCCACCAUACUUUUGCUACUAAUAAUGGAUUUAAUUUUUCUAAACAUGCAUUUCAAUGUGGAGAGAAGUUAGAUUCCAAAGGUAUUUCUACUUGGGAUUGUUCUCUUCCCUUGCGGAUAAGGUUGCUCAAGGCCUUCUUGGCUUGUAUUGAGGCUUCUGUUCCUCUUGAAUCAUUGCAAUCAAUUUGGACAGAAGAGUAUAGGAAGCAGUGGGGUGUGAAGCUGAGCAAAUCAUCUACAACUGAUGAACUCUUGCAGUUAUUGACCUUGUUGGAGAGAGCAGUACAGCGAGACUUUCUGUCAUCAAACUUCUCCACAACAGAAGAAAUGUUGGGAUCAAGCUGUAUGCCAGAUGAUGCUGUAAAUGCUUCUACAGAUACUGAAUCAGUUCAUGUGCUGCCAUGGGUGCCACAAACCACUGCAGCUGUGUCGUUGAGAAUCUUUGAAUUUGAUGCAUCCAUCAGUUACAUACCAGUUGAGAAGCCUGAGCUACCUGUUGAGGAGAAAGAAGUGAGAGAAUAUGUGAAGCUUCCUUCAAGAUAUGCUCCCUUCAAGUCUGGUAGAGCUAUUGAAUCAGCAGAAUUGGACCAUGACGAAUUCAUCAAGGAAGACAAAUCUAAUAGAAGUGUUCGAAGGAGCAAUAAACGUGGACGGGGGUCUCAUGAUCAGGGCCGGGGCAAGAAGUUGUCUAGAAGAACACAAGAGCCAAAACAACAUGCUGGGCGCCGGAAUGUUAAAGGCACUGAGAGUUUGGGUGCGGGAUUAAAACAGCAGGGGAGAGGGACACAAGGACAACCUGGUGGACGUGGUCGCCGAACUGUCAGGAAAAGGAGAGUGGAAAAAAGGGCUGUUGAGGACUUAUUACUUGGCCACAAGGGUGUCGGUCGUAGUCCCAAAAUUGGCAGAGGAUCAUUGAGAAGCUUGGAAGAGGAAUGGGAUGGCGAGAAGGAAGCAAGUCCUAUCCAAAUGGAUGGUGUUGAUAACAGUAACAGUGCUGAGGAAGUGGAAUCUGAUGACAAUGGACAAGCAGUGGAGUAUGAGCAAGGAAACUGGGAGGUAGGUUUCAAUGGUGGUAGUUCCAACAGAUGGGAUGGGGAUAUGGUUGGAGCGAGCGAUGAAGAAGUGGUGGGUGCUUCUGAAGAUGACAAUGGCAUUGAGGAGGGAGAAGAGGAGUUGGAAGAAGAUUCAGAGGAGGAAGUUAUGAGUGAAGGAGAGGAUUCAGAUGGUGAUGCCAAUAGAAUGAUGGUAAAUGAAGAGGGCUCAGACUCAGCUGUCUCUGAGGAUUCUUCUGAUUAGAACAUUGGAUAUUUUAAUUGAUCAAGUGAAGGGAAUUGAAUUGCAUCCCAAGGCUGCAUUGCAUUUUUUUAACAUUGCCGCUGGAUAAGUGCCUGAGAAGUUAUCUCAUGGCUUGAGGGGGAGAGAGGAGCCAGUAGAAUUAUGAUGUAUAUGCUCCAUGCAAAAUGGAGCCCCUGUAUUUUUAAAUUAGAGUUGAAGUUGAGGGCUUUCGUAGCCCAGCCUCAUUUCGAUUUUGUUUUCUCAUGUCAUAGAUAUUCAUUAAUUUAUAGAAAUAUAAUACCUUCAUAUAUAA